GCUCGGGAAGGGGAAGGGCUGCAAUGGAGAGGAAACGGGGUGGUGAAGGAGGGAGGCGGGGAGAGCCGGUGGGAGCCUCCUCCUAGCGAUGACACUCACCCCUUCCUUCUUGUUCCCUGCUUUCGAGUUUGCUUUAUUCCCAUCCCAACAUAGUUCACCCCUUCCCUUGCCUCCUCCUCCUCCUCCCUCAUCGCUGGGCUGCCUCCCCUCCCGCUGGCGUUGCAAAACAGGGCCACGCCAUCUGCAUAGGUGUCGCGAUGUACUUCCCCAAAUCACCGGUCCAGCGCGCCAGCCCCUGGGCGCCCUCCAGCCACCAAGCGCACACCAGCACAGUGCCCCCCGGUGCCCCGCACCAGGCCCCGCAGCCUGGACGCAGAGACACCGCGCCGGGCGGGGCGCAGCGGUGAGGACUCUAGGGGACACCCGCUCUCCGGCCCGGGCGCUCUCACGGGUUUCCGGUACCUGCAGGAGAUCGCCGGGUGCGGGUGUCUGCGUUCACCCCCGCCGCCUGGAUUACAUUAUUAUUUUUAUACCGGUUGCCAUUCGCCGCGGAUGGUGUGUCAGUCUGCUGACUGGCAGAGCCAGGAGACGUAGAUGGCCACACCCACAGACCCAGCUGCAAUGCCCCAUCCUGGGCCCUCCCCGGGGCCUGGACCUUCUCCUGGACCAAUUCUGGGGCCUAGUCCGGGACCAGGCCCGUCCCCAGGUUCUGUGCACAGUAUGAUGGGGCCCAGUCCUGGACCUCCCAGUGUCUCACAUCCUAUGUCGACAAUGGGCUCUGCAGACUUCCCACAGGAAGGCAUGCACCAGCUGCACAAGGUAAGGUUUUGUGCCUCUCUCCCACUCGACCUGUCCUCUCGGGCUUUCCGAUGACUCUGAGCUUUCUCCUAUUGUUAAUGUGAUGAUCUGGCUAGAGAUUUGUGUGAACUGUGUGUUAUUAAAAACAUCCCUGUAAUGUAAUCCUAGUAUGUGAGAGAUUGAAGCAAAAAGAUCAUGCAUUGGAGACCAACCUGGAUCGUAGAAGGGAGAUUCUGUCUCAAGAAACCAAACCACAACCAAGCCCAAAACAAAAACCAUCCCCGACCUGGUGUAAACCAUACUCCCACUGCUGUGUUUUCCGUUGGUACAGAUGGCCCAAUAGUAAAGGUGUUGUCUUUUUCAAACACAGUCUGACAUGCAAUUCAGACAGGUUUGGGGAUUAGUGGGUUAAAGGUAUUUUGUCUUGGUGAAUGUGUACCUCAGUAAGGUAGACUUCCCUCCCUCAUCGCUCGUGUAAUUUAAAUCACUCACAAAUAAA